GAGUCUGCGCACUUGAAGUCGGCUGUGUACGACGGGAUAGGUUUGUUUUUCGCGAUUUUCGCGAAACUGGCCGUCAUUAGUGUCAUUUUUUUUGAAAGGGGUGAAGAAACGUUGGCAAAAUUUCUGUGAGUUGUGGCCCCUGCGGGCGCUCGCCUGAAAUGAACAAAGUCUCCUGUUCGGCCAAAGUGGCAUUUAAGAAAGUCACUCACGUGAUUUUCGACCUGGAUGGGCUGCUCCUAGAUACUGAGCCUUUGUAUACGAAAGCGGCCCAGAACGUAGUUGGCAAAUAUGGCAAAACCUACACUUAUGAUAUCAAACAAAAGGUGUUGGGAUUUACCGGGGUUGACGCGGCCAAACAAGUUAUCAAACUCUUAGAGCUACCCCUCACAUGGGAAGAAUAUUACAAUUUGGUCAAAGAACAGUACCCUUUAGUAAUGUCCGAUGCCAAUCUUAUGCCAGGUGCUGAGCGACUAGUGCGCCACUUCCACUCCAAACAAGUCCCCAUUGCUGUGGCCACUUCCUCCGGCCAAGACACCUAUGACUUGAAAGUGGCCAAACACACAUCUCUUUUCUCGCUUUUCAGUCAUGUAGUGACUGGGGGUACCGACCCCGAAGUGGAACGCGGCAAACCUUCUCCUGAUAUUUUCCUAGUCUGCGCCUCACGUUUUAAAGAUAAACCAAAGCCUGAGCAAUGUCUGGUGUUUGAAGAUGCUCCAAAUGGGGUACAGGCGGCAUUAGGGGCGGGAAUGCAGGUGGUUUGGGUUCCUGAUAAACAAACUGAUGAGAGUUUGGGGAAAAUGGCAACGUUGAAAUUGAACUCGUUGGAGGAAAUGAAACCGGAGCUUUUCGGCUUACCGCCUUUGGAAAAGUAGUGUGACAAUAUUCAGAAUUUAUUAAAGAAUUAUAGACUAUUUACAUUUUC